UUGCUGCAGGACGUUAAUGCAUCGAUACGAGUUGUCGGAGAUGCAGUCGAGAAAACGCGAGCAACAAUUAAAGAUACAAUGUGGAUUGAUCAGAAGUGUGCCAGCACGAUUGAAAAGUUGAAAGAAGUGGCGGAACCACUGCGGCAAGAUGCACAGAACUUUCCAAAUUUGCUUGAUAGUACAACAGAGACGCCGAGAAGGUUAAGACUCGCACGACAAGGGAGUGGAGCAAACGAGGUGGUGACACAUCUCAUUGGA